AUGUUGGCUCUUCGCGACCAGGAAAACCUGGUAAACACGCAUCAGACCGCCGCGGCCGGUAAACCACUCAACCAGGGACUCAAGCAGCUGGCCCCGAAGACCCCCGGGAAGACUCCGUUUAAAGUGCCGCUGAAUGAUGAGAACAACCCUUUGGCGUUUGGAAAACGUACUGUCAAAGGCAAUGGCAAACCGGGCAAGGACGCGUUUAUGACUCCGAUGGAGCCGAAGAAUCGUGCCCCGUUGGGCAUGAAGACGACCAAUGCUAAAGCCAAAGGUCUCCAAACGCCUGCCCCCUUGGGAACGCUCAAGCCAGAGAAGACCAACCGCCGGACAUCGACUGCUCAAAAAAUCAAAAAGGCCGCACCGGUACUGCAGCAGGCUCAGCCAAAGGUCCACAAUGAACCGAUUCAGGAGGAAGUGCCCGACAUUGAAUACAUGCCACCCAAGCCUACAGACUUGCCGGAUAUUCCUGACGAUGUUACAUAUGACACCUCGUUCCCUCAGUUCCGACCGAAGAACCGAGCUCUGGGGUUGGAGAGCGUGUAUGGACGGCAAGAAGUCGGCAGCGAUGGUCUCACGCAGAAGCAGCGCAAGUUCCAGCAGGAUUCUGCGACGUGUGACAGAAUGGUGGAUGAAUUGAUCAUGAAACAGCUGGACAGCGUCGGGUUCGACGAACAGAGUGACAACGAGUCUGUCGAGGCACCGACGCUGCAGCCGCAGCCGCAGCCACGUGCUAAGGGACCUACGGUCCACACGCGAUCAACUCGCAAUAUCCCUACUCUCCGAUCUCGUGAGGCCGCAUCUGCUCUAGCUGCACCCAAGCCAUCUGCAGCACCGACUCGAACCGCCUCUGCGCCCAAGCCGCGGGUGACAUCAUCCCUGCUGAUGCCCAAGAAGAAGGCCCGAGUCCCAACCAACCCAUCCUCUAUGCGCAAUACUGCUGCCGCUGCCAACGCCAAUACGACUGUUGGAUAUUCCAAGGGGAGAACUGUGUCGUGCACGUUGCGGGAAGAGACGCAGAAGUCAUCCCGACCUCAACCCACGCUGUCUCCCGAGACUUACAUGCAGCUCUACGGUCCACCUCCGCUGGGAUCGGACAUGUGGUCCCGUUGCAAGGCUGCUGGGUGCUUCGAUGAGGCUGAAAGUGCCGCUCCACUGGAACUGGGAGAACCACUGCAGACGUUCGGGGAAGAUGAGGAAACAGAGGAUUUCCAGCUCACACUGUGA